AUGGAGAAAUACCGUCUUCUCAGAGGACUCCCUCAAGAUCGUCCCUGCAAGCUCCUUCUGCCUCUAUCCUUUGGCCUCUCUUCCUCCGUCCUGCUGCACAUGUUGCAUCGCCAGAUAGAGGUCCAGCGCUCCAAGCCACACGCCCCUCCUGGAUACACCCUUCAUGUCCUGAUCAUAGAGCCUUCGACGAUUUCUCCUUCAGUUCCUCCCCAUGAUGAAGGGUUCGAACUGGUGCAAGAGACUUUUCCUUUGUGCUCUUUCACUCGGUUGCCUCUUGAGGCCAUCUUCGACCUCGUUCCAGACGUCCACAGAGUAUUGUCUGAAUAUGCCGGAAAACAGUUCUCCGAUGAUGCCUCAUUGUCGAACAAAGAACGCCUGGACGCCUUUCGCUCUUCGAUCUCCACUGCCACCUCCAGGACCGAUGUCGACAAUACUCUGAUGAACAGGCUUACUGUCGCCUUUGCCAAGAAGCUGGGCUGUUACGGAAUUGUAUGGGGAGAUACAAACGGUAGGCUCGCUGCAAAGGCACUCGCCAAUGUCGCCAAAGGGCGCGGUGCUUCUGUGACGUGGCAGGUGGCCGACGGGAUGUCUCCAUGGGGCUUAGAAUUCAUCUUCCCGCUACGCGAUUUAUUCAAAACAGAAGUGCAACCUUACGCGGGACUUACACCGGAGCUCGCCAGAAUCAUUAUAUCAGACGAACCGCCUUCGGAGAACACCUUGACAAAGAAUCUGUCUAUUGACGAGUUGAUGAUGAGAUAUGUCCAAACACAGGGCGAGAAAUAUCCAGGAAUCAUGACGAACGUCACAAAGACUGCAAACAAGCUGCAAUCGCCCCAGAACGCUGCCGAUAUGCCCCAGUGUGCCCUUUGCCAGUCUUUUCUUUUUCGACCAGACAGUUCCGUUGGUGGCGCUGCAGCUGCUAGUGUAUCUGAAGGCGUUCCAUCACCGCGGUUCUGCUAUGCAUGCGAGCGUUCCCGCCCAGAUCUGAGCUGCUGA